UGAUAUGUUAUGAUAAUCAAUUUAUACGUAACCUUGACAACGAUUUCAUAAAUAUAUGUAUGACAUAUGGCGCCAACUAAUGAACGAUUGUUGAAAUUAACAUGCGUUAUUUACGUUUCGAGCUGCUUGUAAUUCAAAAUUAAUCCAUAAGCACUGUAAAGUUAUUAAAAGAAAUCACACUAGAUUAACGAUUAUUUAAAUUAGAAUUAUUAUAAAUAUUUUUAAUUUCUGAAUAUCUAUUAAAUUACAUAAUAUGGCUGCAUAUUUGUAUGUAUGAUAGAAAGAACUGUUAUCUGAUUGGCUGAUUUUACUUUCCCGCAAAAAUUGCAUCUUUUAAAUAUCACUAAAAUACUUUGCUUCAUUCACCUUAAGUUUAUUAUAUCAAUAACUAAUAUCAUAUAUAUUUUAAAUAGUUUUAUGCAAACAGAUUUGUCCAAAGAAAUAAAUGAAAUCUUUUAUACAAUAAUUUAACGUUAUAUUAUAGAAUGAUAUACUAUCACUUGUUGGUGCUUUAAAGUAAGCAAUUCCUACUAGCGACAUCAGUGAAUUACUACUAUCGUCCUGGUACUAUAUACGAAUCCUUUAUCUUCCGCAAAAGCUCAGCUUCCUUCUUAGCUACCCGUUGAUGGUAGAGGUGCUAUUUCUAGAACUGUACGGCUUUUUUGCAUUCAGUAGAUACUCUUAUAUCACGAGUUAAUGAUAUAGAUUUAAUAAUAUACCGACGUAUAUGCGUAACAAGUAAAGAUGUUCAGUUUGAUAUAAAAUACAGUACAAAUAUGGGCUCAAUUUUAAAUAGUUGUACAUUGUAUUGCAGAACGUAGUGGUGUGCAAUGUUUUAAAUAAUUUCGUUAAAACUUACCAGUGAACUACGAAUAUAUACACACACACACACACACACACAUAUAUAUAUCUUUAAACUGUGAUAGUCAUAACUGUAUGACUAAAAAAAAAUAAUCGUUUUAUUUUAUAAAUCUACAAAAUAUCAACUAUUAUUGAUAAUGUUUGAGUGGGCUUAUGAUGGUGUUAACAGUUCUAUACCAAGGAAUGUUGGUCCAGAAUGUGCACAUUACUUAAGUACAAAAAGAAAAAUAAUUGAAACAGCUUUUGUAUCUAUAUUUAUUAUAUCAUUUUGGGUAUGGGGUUUUAAAAAAAUAACAUUACCAAAGAGAUUACCAUAUGUUAAUCAAGAUAGACUUGGUAAAAGAGUUUUAUUAAUUAUUAUGUCUAUGGUUCUGGGCGUAGAAAUUGGUUUUAAAUUUACAAGUCGUACUAUUAUUUAUUUGUUAAAUCCUUGUCAUAUUACUACUGCUAUGCAGAUAUAUCUAUUAGCAGCAGAUCCAAGUCCUAUGGUGACAAGUAUCUUCCGAAUACAUCUAAAUCUUAUGAAUGGUCCUGUGCUGGCAUUUCUGUUCCCAGAAACAGAAUCUCGAAGAAUAUUUCCAGAUAAAGCAGUUUACUAUAUUCAACAUGGUUUAAUGUUAGUAAUACCAUAUUACUUAUUAAGAAUUGGAGGAGUAUACAAUGUUGAACCUUUGUCAGAUUUGAACUGGUCAAUUUUAAGUUAUGGUUUUAAUCUAGCAUAUCACUUCUGGAUUUUGCAACUUAUUGCUUUGCCUGUGCAAGUGAAUCUCAGCCAUAUGUUAUGUUCAGCAGUCUUAGAUCCAUUUGAAGGACAAAACUAUAGAAUGGGUGCAUUUGUACAUCAGGGAUUAUUGUGCCCUUUUUUGUCUAAAUUAUUAUGCUAUCUAUAUGAUUAUCUGUUGACUAAAUGUCUUUUAACAAAAGUUAAACCAUCUCUUGAAAUUGCAUUACCAAGGAGAAAGUAUGAAGAUGAAAAUAAUAAACAAGUGUCAAAUAAAUUAGAAAAUGGGCAUACUCAUUUAGAGUAGUUGAAUCUCUAACAUUUAAUGGAAUUCAUAUAUACGAAUCUUUUGUAAUAAUAAAAAUAGUACUUCCUGAUCAUGUAACAAUUGGUGAUAAAUAAUCUUUGUGUAAUCUUAGUGAUACACAAUGUAUAUGUAUUUAAGUAGCAUGCCUAUUACUUUUUCAAGUACUCAUAUUUGUUUUAAGUACUUAUGAAGAACUAUGCAUAAAUGCUAUGUAGGGAUUAAUUAAUGAAAAAGUAUGGCAGCAAUAAAGGUAGAUAGUACAUUACUGUUUCAAGAGCUUUUUUAUAAUUAUAGCAUUAUUGGUGACAUAAAAAGAAAAUUUACAAACUAAAAUAUUUCUAUAUUAAAUAUAAAUGAAUAAAUUACUUUUAGCAAAGAUGUUUUAUUAGAAA